CGGGGGCUACGAUACGCGGAACUGUUUGACUGGACUGCCUUGCUUUCACCCGGCGCGUUUUUAGAAACGGCGCGGCGGCGGCCGGCAGAUCAUAAUUUUGGAGGAUUGCAGCAUUGAGAUCUCUGGAGUCUGCUGUGUCUAGCCAUAAUGAGUUUGGUUGCUUACGAAGAUUCAGACUCCGAGACAGAAACUGGAAAGACUGAAGCCCCUGAUGCUUCUGGCAGACAGACAAACCAGCUGAGUUCUCCUGUGAGUUGUGUUCAGCACUUUGCACCUGGUAGUACAAAAUCUACACAUGAAAUGCACCCUGCUGGGAGCACUGGCAGAUCUGGCAGGAGCACGGUUUGUGAAGAUCCCCCUGAGCAUUAUGCACAGAAUAACAACACUGACUUGGCACCUCCUUAUUGUCAGAGGGUGUACUCUGGCCAUGCUGCAUUAUCUGUGGCUUACAGAAACUAUGAACAGGCUUCAAGCUCUUCAACAAAUUCUGGAAAUGGCAUUUCCCAGAAGAGAACACAUAAAGACAGCACUACUGCCAUCAAAGGAAUUAGACCAUACAUCCCUAAACGAUUCCGUCAAGAAAAUUCCAGUAAGCCUGAAAAAGAACCUGACCAGAGAGGUAGCUCAGACUGUGAUGUUGAGUUAAGUGUAUCAGGAGAGCAGACUUUGAGAAAGAUCUCUGAAUUAAUUAAACCAUAUUUGGGAUCUAAAUAUAAAGUAACUGAAGUUCCUAAAAGCUUGAUAUUUUACAUGUCUAAACACAGCGGCCCUGUUAAUGAAAUCCAGUGGUGUCCUGUACGGGAACAAAGUCACAUGCUUCUCUCAGCUUCUAUGGACAAAACAGUCAAGGUAUGGGAUGCUGUAGAUACAGGCUGCUGUUUAAAAACCUACUCCUGUCACUCCUGUGCUGUUCGAGCUGCCCGGUGGUCAUCCUGUGGAAGAAGGAUCCUCAGUGGGGGCUUUGAUUCCAUGCUGCAUUUAACAGAUGUAGAAACAGGGAAGCAGAUAUUUAGCAGCAAAACAGAAUUUAGGGUCAGUGCACUGAAGUUCCACCCUACAGAGUCAAAUGUUUUCGUUUGUGGAGGAUUCAGCCCAGAAGUUAAAGCAUGGGAUUUAAGGACUUCUAAGGUUUUGAGAGUGUACAAAGCUGCAGUACAACAGACUUUGGAUAUACUCUUCCUCCCUGAAGGAAGAGAAUUUCUUACAAGCACGGAUGCAGUGAGCCGAGACUCAGCUGAUCGCACCAUUGUUGCAUGGGACUUCCAAAGUGCUGCAAAAAUCUCCAAUCAGAUUUUUCAUGAACGUUACACUUGCCCAAGUCUGACCCUGCACCCAAAGGAGUCUGUGUUUGUUGCUCAGACCAACGGGAACUACAUGGCUUUGUUUUCUGCCCAGCGACCCUACCGAAUCAACAAAAAGAAAAGAUACGAAGGACACAAGGUGGAAGGAUUUGCAGUGGGCUGUGAAUUUUCUCCAGAUGGAACACUUUUGGUGACAGGAAGUUCAGAUGGCAAAGUGUUUUUCUACAACUAUCAUACUUCAAGGAUUAUUCGCACUUUGUCUGCACAUAAAGAAGCUUGUGUGAGUGCAAUAUUUCACCCAGUCUUGCCAUCACUUCUUGCAACAUGUGAUUGGGCUGGAGAAAUCAAGAUCUGGCAAUAACAGGCAGAGUUACUUUUUAGGAUGUCUCUCUCCUGUUAGUCUGUCAAAGGCUCAGGAAAUAAGCCAGAGUAUGGAAUGUGAAAUUCUGUUGGGAUGUGUUGUAAGCAGGAGAGAGACUGUUGUCUUUUCUUCUAUGACCUCUAUGUUUACGCUUUCUUAAUGCAGUUAAGAUGUUUUUGUGUUGAGCAAAGAAGUGGUCCUAUUCUCUCCCUCAACCCUGGAGACAAUUUUUUAACACUUUUGUGUCAAUCUUCUGGUGCUCAUCCAGUCCCAUUCUGCUUUGAGCGAGAACCUAAAUUUAAGAAAAUUAUUGCUCUUUUUAUGCAUCUUUUCAAUGCAGCUUUCCUAGACUAGGGUUUAUCACAGAAUCAUAGAAUCAUUUAGGUUGGAAAAGACCUUUAAAAUGAUUAAGUCCAAGCUUUAACCCAGUACAGCCAAGUCUACCACUAAACCAUGUCCCACAGUGCCACAUCUGCAAAUCUUUUAGAUACCUCCAAGGAUGGUGGUUCCACCACUUCCCUGGGCAGCCUGUUCCAAUGCCUGACAACCCUUUGGCUGAAGAAAUUUUUUCUAUUAUCCAAUCUAAACCUCUUCUGUCAGGAGGAGACUGUUUCUGCUUGUCCUCACCAAUAGUUGAGGACAUACUAUUUAACAGAUGAUGAUGUUCACCUCAAGUUAAUCUAUUCCAUCUUCCUGAGAUGUUUUUUCACACUUUUUUGAAUUGGUUUAGCUCCCUGACCUGAUCACUGGAGGGUUAGAGAAGCAAUACUGUAGUCCAAGGCAAAUCAGCUUCUAUGCACAAGAAGGGGGAAGGUCACAGGGCAGGUGGGACUGCUUCUUCUGAAAAUGGAUGGUCUGUUAUCAGCUCAACUUACUGUAAAAUGCCUUCUGAGAGUUCCAGGGAAAGGUGUGACAGAUAGCUGGAACCUAAUUUUGAAGUAAAUACAUUUGUGUUUUUGAAAUCCUGAUGUUUAAACUUGAGUUUUAAACUUACUUUUAUGACUGUAUUAAAAAAUGAAACUAUGUCUAAAUAUUUUUAAGGAAAAAAUAAACAUUUUUUUUAAUACAUGCUAUCUCUGUUUACUACUUUACUCCUAUUAUUCUUGACAAUAUAGUACACAAGCUUAUAAUGGAAUUGAUGAUUGGGGGUGAAAACAAUUAACAUUAAUUUAUUGCAAACACAUAUGCAUUUCUCCAUAGUUCUUGUUGCUUGGACACAGAAAAUUAUCAUCAUGCUAUUCAGUGCAGGGGAAGAUCUUCAGCACUCAAACAGGAGUUGGGCUAUUCUUCAGUAGAUAUAAAGUUCAUUAGGCCAUUACUAUGUAUUUACAUAUAUAAAGAUUGUUUGUAAGUGUUUAUGUUCCCUGCAAUUGUAUUACUUGGUUCUGGAAAAUAUUUUAUAUGCAUAUGUGUGUAUAUGUAUGAAAAAUAAUAUGUCUGUGCAUCAC